AUGGACGCCUCUGAAAGCAUGACAGAGGACGACUUCGAGAAGCAAAAGAACUUCGUAAUAAAAGUCGCCGAAUCUUUUUACAUGGCACCAAAGACAACGCAGUUUGCUCUUGUAACAUAUAGUAGCACUGCUACUAUGCAUAUUCGCUUCAAGGACCAUCUUAAGCGGGACUCCUUUAAUGCAGUGGUAAAGGGACUUCCCUUUGCCGCUGGAGGAACACGAUUUGACAGAGCACUCAAGCUGGCCGCCGAGGAGGUUUUCACAGCCAAAGGUGGUACGCGUGUUGGCGUGCCAAAAGUAAUGAUCAUCUUAACAGAUGGACGUCAGAGUAAUGAUUACGACGCGGUUCCGAUUCAAGACGCCGUACUUCCUCUUCGGCAACUUUCAGUUCAGAUUCACGCGGUGGCCAUUGGCAGCCAAGUAAAUCGGCUACAACUACGCAAGCUUGUUACGAAAGAAGGUGAUAUCUUCAGUAUUAAAGACUUUGACAGCUUAGUUAACAAGUCCCGACAACUCGCUACCAAGACAUGCGGCACCAUUACAAGUCCACCCUCAGGUAAAUAACAGAAAUAACAACCCAUCGAUUAAUUUUUUUCCGCGAUUACAUAACUAAAAAAACAAUAAAAUGACAUAGGACUCCGAAUCGGACCGCGUCGGAUAUUGGCGGAUAACUUUUGUUUUAAUGCUUUCUUUUUUUUUGAUGGAGCAAUCUACACAGUAAGCCAUUAAUAGUUACAAAACACUUCCCUUGACUAGACUUUGAGCAUUCGUUCCUUUUCCUCAGAUUAGCAAGACACGUGACUUGCUUAUGAGUAUGCAAAUUUACGGCAAUAAUUGAGAGAGAAUUUUUGCUCUUCUUCUUUGCGGACGUUUUUCUCUUUUUAUAAAAAUACGAAAAGGAAGGGUCUUCUCACAGUCUUUCUUUCGCUAGAGAACAGGGUCCACAGUGCCACAUCAAAGUUAUGUAGAAGUUAUGGUGAACAAUUUUAUUAACAUUUGCACACAUGAGUUAACAUUUCUCCAUUUUCAUUACCUUUAUCCCGCUGUAAACGCCAUAAGGGGGUUGAGUUUGUUGUUAGUUCUCUCCCUUGCUCCGACAGGUUUUUCUCCGGGUACUCCGGCUAUCCCCUCUGCUCAAAAACCAACAUUUCCAAAUUCCAAUUCGACCAGGAAUCAGGUAGACGAAGAAACACUAUGUAGAUAUGCUACCUCCAAAUCGUUAUUUUAUUUUAUUUAUUUACUUUUAAUUAACAGUCUCGUUCAAAGGAGCUGCUGCCAAGCAAAAAUCGUGUUUUAAAAACGUGGACAUUGGAUUUGUCAUGGACGCCUCAGAUAGCACCACUCCACAGGAAUACCAAAAUCAGAAGGAACUCGUCCAGCAACUCUUCUCAUAUUAUGAUAUCUCCAGAGAGGACACAAGAGCCGGAGUAGUCGUCUACAGUAGUAACGCCUUCACCAUUGUCGGCCUGAACAGCUACAAGGAUUCAUCGGUUUUUCGGCGGGCCGUGAAUGCUCUGCCACGAAUCGGUGGGGGGAACAGGAAAGACAAGGCUCUUGUAACAGCUAGGAGAAUGUUCAAGGCUAAACGACCUCAAAAUCUUGCUGGAGCUGAAAAGCCAUCUCAACUUUUGGUUUUCAUUACUAAAGGUGCACAGUCCACUGCUUCGGAUGUACUCCCACUUGAGCGCGCAGUACACCCACUCAGAAAGCAUGGUGUUAGGGUUGUGGUCGUGGGCAUUGGACAAAAAGUAGUUUAUCGGGAACUGAGGAAGAUUGCGCAAGAUUCUAAGGACAUUUAUCUGGCUUCCUCGCUAAGUGACGUGGAUAAAGUAUCACACGACUUGAUGAAAGUUAUUUGCAAGGUAAAUUAUCCCCCUCCAUAA